UUAGUUGUUGCUACAACCCGAGAUGCGCUACCAACUUUUCCUCUUCGAUGUACAUGUCACGGUGGGCUAAUAUCGCCUUGAGAAUUCGCAGGAAACUGCCUGGAGCUUCUAACUCUAUACCAAACAUCUAAAAUUCGACGCACCUCCGCAAACAGUCCCGUUUCGUUUCCGACGGUCUGCUAUUUUCCGUGUUAUCGAUAACGAUAAUCAACCCCGCACGGGACAUUGAACGGUCCACGAACAUUAUUCAUCCCGCUUUACUUGACCCAUUGAUCCAGCAUGUCCAAGGCACUCUUCAUCACUUCCGUCGAUGGCAAGCCGGGGAAGCCUGGCCAGGUCUACUACCCUCUCGUUGUGCGCACGGCGCCGCAACCGACCCCGCAGGGUCGUGAAGUGCUGGUUAAGAUCAGCGCCGCAUCUCUGAAUCACCGAGAUCUUUUCCUGCGUCAGCACCUGUAUCCUGGAGCAACUUUUGACGUGCCUCUUGGUGCAGAUGGUGUGGGAAUCGUCGUGUCAACUGGCCCUGGAGCUAAGAGCGAAUGGAAGGGCAAGAGGGUUAUUUUGAAUCCUGGCAUAGGAUGGAAAGACAGCCUUGAUGGGCCAGAAGACCCAUCUGGGUACAAGAUUAUGGGUGGUACAAAGUUCUAUAAUAAAGGAACUUUGCAAGAAUACGUUACUAUUGAUGAGAGUGAGCUGGAAGAGGCUCCUGAGCACCUGACUGAUGCGGAAGCCGCCGCCCUGCCGUUAACUGGACUGACGGGAUGGAGAGCCCUGAUCACAAAGUGCGGUGAGAGGAACUCUGCCAAUGGUGCUGUAGUGCUUAUCACUGGUAUUGGUGGCGGUGUGGCAUUGAUGGUUCUCCGUUUUGCUGUGGCUCGAGGUGCCAGUGUCUUCGUCACCAGCUCGAGUGAAGAGAAAAUCAAGAAAGCAAUUGAGCUGGGAGCCAAGGGUGGUGUGAACUACAGGGAUGAGGGCUGGGAGAAGAAGCUUCUUUCACAAUUACCACCUGGAAAGUCUUUCUUCGAUGCCAUUAUUGACGGUGCUGGCGGGGAUGUAGUUGAGAAGGGUGCAAAACUGCUCAAGGCUGGUGGUGUUAUCUCCGUAUACGGCAUGACGGUCUCUCCAAAGAUGCCGUUCCUGAUGCAGGCAGUCCUCAAGAACAUCGACGUCCGUGGAUCCACUAUGGGCUCUCGUAAGGAGUUCAAGGAUAUGGUGGAGUUCGUUAAGCAACAGAAGAUCAAGCCCAUCGUUUCGCGUGUUCUGAACACCAGCUUAGACGAUAUCGCUGGUCUCGACUCUCUAUUCGAAGAUAUGAAGCAUGGAAAGCAGUUUGGAAAACUGGUCAUCGAGUUUGGAAAGGCCGGUGUGGAAAGCAGGCUGUAAUGCUCCGCUCGCGCGCUUGGCGAUAUUUCUGUGUCCUUACAUUGCACAUUGGGUAUCUAUGUUCGUGAUGAAUAAUAAUUGCUGAGAGUUCUUACAACGCCAAAUAUAUACAGAAAUGGAUUGAAUGCGAAAUUACUAGACCUUUCUCACGUCUCAUGUCACUUCAGUUUGCCGACUCUGGAG